AUGGCAACCUUUGACGAGUUGGGCCUGUGCAACGUUGUACUUAAAAUUCUGAAGCGCGUCCACUUCCGGAGUCCGAGUGACGUACAAUCAACGUGCAUACCCCAAAUACUAGCCGGAAAGGAUGUGAUAGGGAUCGCGAACACGGGGAGUGGGAAGACAGCUGCGUUUGCUUUACCGAUUGUAGACAUGUUAAGUAGAGAUCCUUACGGAAUAUUUGCUCUUUGCCUCAGUCCUACAAGAGAGCUGGCUAAUCAAAUUGCUGAUCAGUUUACAGUAUUUGGUGCUGGAACUGGUCUCAACUGCAUGGUCAUCACAGGCGGUGAGGACCUAAUUCAACAGGCAACGGCUCUUUCACGUCGCCCAAAUAUAGUAGUGGCGACCCCCGGGCGAUUGUUCGAGCACUUUAUGCACUCAUCUAAUACUGUUCAGUAUUUCAGCAAACUCAAGUGUCUAAUACUUGAUGAAGCAGAUAGGCUAUUGGACUCUUCAUUUGCGGCUGAGUUAAAGUAUCUCAUGUCAAACUUGCCUCAGCAACGCCAGACACUGAUGUUUUCGGCGACCAUCACUAAAAGUGUGACAGCUCUACAGUCGAUGCUAGGUGACGCUGUUUUUUAUUACGAAGACAAAAGUGUUAAGAAAACAGCCGUGAGAUGUUCCCAGUCAUACUGUUUCAUGCCAGAAAGAAUCAAGGACGUUAACUUGGUGAAGCUUGUCAGAGAGCUGGCUCUUGUUGAGGCGAAACGCACUAUAAUAUUUACUGCAACUAUUCAGAAGUGUGAGUUGCUCUCACAGAUGCUCACUACUUUGGGUAUACCGUCAUCCUCUUUGCACGCUGCUAAAAAGCAGAAGGAAAGGCUUAACUCUUUAGGCGUGUUUAAGAACGGAACAGUUCAGAUUUUGGUGGCGACGGACGUCGCUGCACGUGGACUCGACUUGCCCAGUGUGGAUAUGAUUCUGAACUAUGAUGUUCCUACUGACGUCCGCCAAUACAUUCACCGAAUCGGUCGAACUGCUCGAUUUGAGGCGAGUGGUAAAGCUGUCACAUUCGUCACACAGUUCGAUAUUUUGAAAUUGAAGCACAUCGAGAAAACUAUCGGGCAACAACUAGACUCGUACGAGUUGGAGGGAUCAAGCGGUGCUGAGCUAGUGGGUGAAGUGUUUGCCGCUAGAAGAGUUGCAAAAAUGCGGAUGGCGUCACCGGGAGGAUUCGAUGAAAAAUUGCGUGCGAAGAAAAAACGACUACAGAGUAACUGGUUCUAG